GACGCGCUGUGGACGGACCGGUCGCAAACGACUCUGCGCUCCCUGUAUAAGUGCACUAUAUAAAGUGAAAUAGUUUGGACACACACUUGCGCGUUAUUUGAAUAAGUAGUAUAUAUAUAUAUAUCUGUAGCGCGGUGAUACAGCAGAUCUAUUUCAACUCUUUUGUAAUGUCUGGGGUGUUUUUUUGGUGUCUACAUCUUGUGAAGUGCACCUAUGUAGGGAAGAAGGCGUGAUUUGGGAUUUGGCCCGCGGAAAGUCCGACUGAUUUGGAGAAGCUGAGCGGAGAUAAGAUACGCUGUGUAAACAAACCGGUUUAACGGUUAAACUUUUUCAAUCAGAGCUUCUUUAACAGACAAAAUGGCGUCCCGGUCCCUGUCCUCUUCCCCCGACUCAGCGAAGCCCGACCCCGGGGAGGAGCGCGGUGUGGAGUCCGGUACCGGCUCAGACUUGGAGGGAGCAGAGCUCGAGCGCGAGUUUGGGUCCGCCGCAGACAGAGUGCGCGAGCUCGUGCAGACCGCGAGCAGGGAGGAGCUUCUUUACCUGUACGCCAGGUACAAACAGGCCACAGUUGGGAAAUGUAACACACCCAAACCGGGGUUCUUCGAUUUCGAGGGUCAGAGGAAGUGGUCAGCAUGGAAGCAGUUGGGUGAUAUGAGUAAGGAGCAGGCCAUGCAGGAGUACAUUUCCUCUGUACACAAACUCGAUCCUGACGGAUUUAAGGAUUCUUCUGAGAGAAGGAGAGGAGAGCGCAGGACAGCGUUUGGUGGAGCAGCAGUGAGCUGUUUGUACCAGCAAGAGACGAUCAGGGAGGAGGAUAAGAACAUAUUUGACUACUGCAGAGAGAACAACAUCGAGCAGAUUCGCUCGGCCCUCAGCACACACAACGUCGACGUCAACACCAAGGACGAGGAGGGUCGAGCGCUGCUGCACUGGGCGUGUGACAGAGGACACAAAGAGAUUGUGACUUUCUUACUGAACAACAACGCCAACAUCAACAGCCAGGAUAACGAAGGCCAGACUCCUCUGCAUUACGCGUCUGCGUGUGAGUUUGGUGAGAUAGUGGAGCUCCUCCUGCAGAACGGUGCCGAUCCCUCCAUUAAAGACGGAGAAGGUUCUCUCCCUGAGGAAGUGACCGAGUCCAGCUCCAUCUCGUCUCUCCUUCGGCAGUACAGCGCUCCCAAAGGAUAAAACACACACACACACACACACACACACACACACACACACACACACACACACACACAGACACACAGACACACACACACACACACACACACACACACACACACACACACACACAGACACACAGACACACACACACACACACAGACACACACACCUGUAUCACUCCACAGCCGGUCUGAGUCUCUCUCUCUCUCUCUCUCUCUCUCUCUCUGUUAUUAUCAGGACAGAGCCGAGCCCGCGGUCUGUUUCUGGAGACUGGAUGUGGUUUAGGGGUUAGGGCACAGGUUAGGGGUGUCAGUAGGAAUCAGUUUUACUGCACACUCCAACUUUCCCCUUGUGAGUUCAGUGGUGAAGGAUCUUAAGAUCUGGAGAUUAGGGUUUAGGGGUUAGGGCAUAGGGUUUGGAAGUUAAAUUGGAGUGUAGGGGUUUGGAAAUUUAGGUCAAACUCCUAAUUUCUAAACCCUAAAUCUAACCAAUAAUCACCCAGACCUUAAUCCCUAUUCCCUAAACCCUAAUCCAUAAUCCCUAAACCCUAAUCCCUAACUCAACCCCCCUAAUUCUAACUCGCACUGUAAACAAGAAUAAACAACACUGAACUGACUUCUUUUUACACGUGCAUUACGAAGUGAAUUGACUUCUUAGUGUGGCUGUGGAGUGCACACUGUCUCUCUCUCUCUCUCUCUCACACACACACACACACACACACACACACAUUCCGGUUUUAUUUAAAACUUAGCCUCAGUGUUAUUGAUGUUCUAUUAAAAUCGCUGAAUCUUAAAAACAGUGUGUUGUUCCUACAUUUUUUUUUGUUUUGGUUUUUGUUUUUUUGUUAGGGUGUGUUUGAGCUGUGUGUGUGUGUGUGUGUGUGUGUGUGUGUGUGUGUGUGUGUGUGGAUUUGUUUCUAUUAGUGUUGCAGGUUUUGUUUGCAGUUCUGUUUGUUCUGUUCACAAAUACAACAAUAAAAAUAAAAUGUUGUUGUGAC